UUGUUUAGUGAAGGGCUAUGCUGGGACUGGAUUCGUUCUCCAAUACGUUUAAUUCCGAACAUGCUCUCUCUAAAAAUUCGUCUUUGUACACGCUUGGCUUUUCGGGAUAAAUUUUUAUAUUACAGUUACAAGCAGAAAGCCGCGAUGUCCAGUUUGUUGAUUAACCAGCCUAGAUAUUCCUGGCUUAAAGAUUUGGGGCUUAAAGAAGAAAAUAACGGCGUGUACAAUGGAAGUUGGGGAGGCAGAGGAGAGGUUAUUGUGUCGUACUGUCCAGCUAACAAUGAACCAAUUGCAAAAGUCAGACAGGCUAAUUUAGAAGACUAUGAAGAAACAGUGAAGAAGGCCAAGGAGGCCUGGAAGAUCUGGGCAGAUAUUCCAGCUCCGAAGCGCGGAGAAGUGGUGAGACAGAUUGGAGAUGCUUUAAGAAAGAAAAUUAAAGUUCUGGGAAGCCUGAUUUCUCUGGAGAUGGGCAAGAUACACGUAGAGGGCAUAGGGGAAGUGCAGGAGUAUGUGGACAUCUGUGAUUAUGCUGUUGGCUUGUCUCGAAUGAUAGGAGGACCUGUCCUGCCAUCAGAAAGACCUGGCCAUGCCUUGAUUGAACAGUGGAAUCCUUUGGGCCUAGUUGGAGUUAUCACUGCCUUCAACUUUCCUGUUGCAGUUUAUGGCUGGAAUAACGCCCUUGCACUGAUCUGUGGAAAUGUUUGUAUAUGGAAAGGAGCCCCUACAACUCCUCUUCUUAGUGUGGCAGUCACAAAGAUUGUGUCAGAAGUUUUGGAAGAAAACCAGUUGCCUGGAGCCAUAUGUUCCCUGACUUGUGGUGGAGCUGAUAUUGGAACUGCACUGGCGAAAGAUGAGAGAAUAGACCUGCUUUCCUUCACAGGCAGCACGCAAGUAGGGAAAAAGGUUGCAUUGAUGGUCCAGGAGAGAUUUGGACGCAAGUUGCUUGAACUUGGAGGGAAUAAUGCCAUAAUAGUAUUUGAGGAUGCUGACCUGAGCCUUGUGAUUCCCUCUGUUGUGUUUGCUGCAGUGGGCACUGCUGGACAAAGAUGUACAACAACAAGACGACUGUUUUUGCAUGAAAGCGUUCAUGAUGAAGUGGUGCCGAAAUUAAUCAACGCCUAUAAACAGCUUCGAAUUGGCGAUCCACUGGAUGGUAACACCUUGUAUGGACCUCUACACAGCAAACAGAGUGUGGAGAUGUAUAAGGCUGCAGUAGAGCAAGCCAAACAGCAAGGCGGAACCAUUGCCUGUGGUGGAAAGGUGAUUGAUCGCCCUGGAAACUUUGUAGAACCAACCAUCGUAACAGGCCUGUCCCAUGAUGCACAAAUUGUCCACACAGAGACGUUUGCUCCCAUUCUUUAUGUUCUCAAAUUUAAGUCAGAAGAAGAAGCAUUUGCUUGGAACAAUGAAGUCUACCAAGGUCUUUCAAGCAGCAUCUUUACGAAGGAUAUGGGCAGAGUCUUCCGCUGGCUAGGACCUAAAGGAUCAGACUGUGGCAUUGUAAAUGUUAAUAUUCCAACCAGUGGUGCAGAGAUCGGUGGUGCUUUUGGUGGUGAGAAACAUACUGGUGGUGGAAGAGAAUCGGGCAGUGAUUCCUGGAAACAUUACAUGAGGAGGUCAACUUGCACAAUUAACUACAGCAAGGACCUCCCACUGGCUCAAGGAAUCAAGUUUGAAUAAAAAGAACAAGAACAGUCUGCACAAGUAAUAACUGUUAAUAACUACCAUAAAAUGGCACAACUGCACAGUACUCAAUGUUGUGAUUGAUAACACACUAAAUCUGUUUUGCAUAUCAAAUGUACUAUGUAAUAUUAGUAGAAGCACCUUAUCUUGGAAAUGGUCCAUUUUGCCUGUUCAUGCAGAGCAUUUCAUUUCAACAUUACUGUAAUCAAAGGAUGUAUUUCAUAAAGUUGUUAAACAACCGGUAUGAUUUUUUCACUGCAUUUUGGGACCAGCAAAUGCUCAAUAAAUCAGCUUUAUAUUUUUCAACA